AUGUACAAGGGAGUUAUUACCAGACGACAAGUCUUAGAUGCGAGUGCCUCCGCGCAAGUGAAUGUCGGGCCAGGUCAAGCGAAUACCGGAGGGUCAGCUAAAUGGAAUGACGGCGGGUCGGUCGGCCUCGAUCCGAGUGUCUCAGUUUCAGCCGACAUCAACCUCUCCCUCCAAGGCUGGUCUUCACUGAGUGCAGAGUUCACACACUGCCGGACCACCUUUGAGCAAAACGCACAGGUCGAUGUAGCUAUCCAAGCAGCUACCUCUUUGGUCUCUAUGAUACAAGACGUCAACAAUCGCUACGGGCAAUGCGCUUGUAGAAGACAGCUUGCCGGAGAUGAAACGAUCGCCGAGUUCAGGACGCUACUCACGCAGUUUUUUCUAGCAUUGGAGUUCACUUUGAAAGCUGGUCUAGAGCACUACCACGACGUAUGGUACAGUCAAUUCAAACGUGAGCCUCUCGAAAAACUUCUCCCUGGGGGCUUGGCCGAAAGAAACUGA